AUGGACACCUCCAACCCCCCAACAGCCCCAGAGGCAUUGAUCUCCCAAUUCCAAGUCACGAAACUCCUCAAGCAAGAUCAAGCCGGCAGACGCAUCUCCCUGCUAGGAACAAUAAACAACGAACAAGGCAUCCUAACAGCAGAACGCAGAGCCUUCGCAACAGAAUCCCUCGACACCAUCCGCGCCUUCCACGCCGCAAUCUCGCGCAUAAAAAACCUCGGCGACAACGACAUCUACCGCUGGUACCUAGCCUCAUCAUCAAACGGCACCAAUGGCACCACCAACCAGACCGCAGACCUAAAACUAAACCUGAUCUGGCCCUGCACAGCCUCCCACAUAAAGAAAUACUCGGACCAACAACUGCACAUGGUGACCGAAACACCAGCAGUCUACGCAAACCAUGUCCGGCCCUACAUGCGCGCCAAGCGCGAGGAGGGGCGGCUUAACUGGGUGUUCAAUGUUCUGGAAGGACGGACGGAGCAGGAAGAUGUGAUUAUGCGGGAUGAUGGGGGGCAGAACCGGGCUGAGGAUGCGUUUUUGAUGUUGCCUGAUUUGAAUUGGGAUCGCGAGACGAUGGGUUCGUUGCAUUUGCUGGCGCUUGUGCAGAGGAGGGAUAUUUGGUCUUUGAGGGAUCUUAAGAAGGGGCAUGUCCCUUGGUUGAAGUAUCUCAGGGAGAGGGUGCUUGAGGGUACUGUUUCUAUGUAUCCCGGUCUUGAGAGGGAUCAGCUUAAGCUUUAUGUUCAUUAUCAACCAACUUACUAUCAUUUCCAUGUUCAUGUGGUUAAUGUUAUGCUUGAGGCUGGGACUACUCAGUCUACGGGUAAGGCAUUUGGAUUGGAGAAUUUGAUCUCUCAGCUUGAGAUGAUGGACGGGGAUGAGAGUGCUAGUAUGGCUGAUGUUGAUUUGACUUAUUUCCUUGGUGAGGCGAAUGAGUUGUGGACUGAUAUCUUUGAGCCAUUGAAGCAGGGGAAACAGCCAGGUCAUAAGUUAGAGUGA